UAUUUUGCGCUUGUCAAAAAAAUUCAUGUUUGAAUAUCAUUUUGUAUGGUAUAGACAAAAAAGGAGAUAAUCAGUUGGAAGAGGGAUGAAAAUAGAGACAAUUUACUACAUUGCAAAUUAGAUUAAUGUUGUCAACAUUCAAUACAAUCAGAAAAUGGAUCGCUUUUGAUUUACACACACAGAUAAACAUUUUUCUUUCAACCAUGGAUGAAUCGUCAUCAGAAACAAGAAAGCAGUUUGGAAAUCGAUUUCUUACUGAAGCUGAAAAUAUAUACCAACACAAUGCAUGGGAUGCCGUCGAAUGGGACGAAGAACAGGAGAAUCAUGCUGCUGAAUGUGUGAAAAAGAAUUCAGUUAUAACUAUGCCACAGGAACAAGCGCAGGCAUUCGACACGGAAGCAGAAACUUAUUGGAAUGCAUUUUAUGAUAUUCAUCAAAACAAGUUUUUCAAAAAUCGCCACUGGUUGUUCACUGAAUUUCCAGAACUUAAAGAUUCGCAAAGCACUUCAGAGACAUUCAACAUUUUUGAAGUGGGCUGUGGUGUUGGUAAUACAAUACUGCCAAUUCUUCAAUAUAAUAAUGAUACAAAUUUGCGUGUAUUUGGAUGUGAUUUUUCUUCUCGGGCAAUCAACAUACUGAAAGAAAAUGAUGAGUUUGAUACAAAACGUUGUCAAGUUUUUGUACUAGAUGCUACUAGUGAAAACUGGCAAGAUAGUCUGCCAUUUGAUGAAAGUUCAUUGGAUAUUAUCGUAAUGGUGUUUGUAUUAUCUGCAAUAAAGCCCAACAAGAUGCGGAAUGUUGUGCAAAAUUGUUUUAAAUAUUUGAAGCCAGGUGGUCAAAUAUUAUUUAGGGACUAUGGGCGAUAUGAUCUUGCUCAACUGAGAUUUAAAGCUGGCAAGUGCUUAGAGCAGAAUUUAUAUGCACGGGGCGAUGGAACUUUGGUGUAUUUUUUUGAGCAAGAUGAAAUUCGAGCGCUCUUCACCAAUUUCGGCUUUAUUGAAGUAUCAAAUAUAAUUGAUCGUCGACUACAAGUAAAUCGGGGUAAAAAGCUUAAAAUGUAUCGUGUUUGGAUCCAAGCGAAAUAUCAAAGACCUAUGUAAUUUACUGAGCUCUAUAAAGUUUUCUAGAAACAAGAAAUUUACCAACCUGUCGGUACCAACAUCUCUUUUAAUAAAAAUUUUUAAAUAACGUAAUGAAUUAAA